AUGAAGGGAAAGACGGUCAAGCAGGUGUUGCAGGAUGCAGGGCCAAUGUGGGUCGAUUACCAGGUGUGUUCGGCGGUGGCGCAGUCCAUCAACAAUAAAGGCAAGCAUGCCAUGGAUGUUUCAAGGUCCAGUGAUGGAUCCACAACAUCUUUCAGUGGAGCUGCAACUGGUGGUGCUUUUGCUGAGGGUGCCAUCAGGCUUCCUCCUGUUUUUCCACCUGUUCCAGCUGGAGAUGUUGCUGCCCAAGUCCUGCUGACUUGGGCCCUCCUGCUCCCCCAGCUGCAGCACCUAUCCCAAUUCCAAUGGACGAUGGAGGUCAUUCCACCACCUCCAUCUGCAUUCCUCUGCCAGCACCGGGUGGCUCUCACACUUCUGCCAGUUCUUCUAGUGUCAGGUUAG